UAUUAAAUUCGAGAGCUUGAAUUUAUUUUUGUCGGCUUCUCCGCUUUGCCGGAACGAUUCAGUCAAAAUUUAAGGCCGCAACAAAACGGUCGUGUGUUCGGUUUUACAUUUUUUGAAGCUUCGGUGCCAGUUUAAGCCUCGACUUGACGAAGGUUUCUUAGUCACAAAAUGAAUACUUUAAGCCUAUCCCUACUGGUGCUCCUUCCGGCAAUCGCCUUGGCUGGUCUCUGCGAUGUGGAGCCGAAUUCCAGCUUCCUGGAGAAGCGUGUCAAACUCUAUCAGGGACAACAAAACUUCGCCGUGUCUAUGCUGGAUGUGAUCCGCAACAGUACGCCGAACGAGAACGUCUUCUUCUCGCCAUACAGCACCUACCAUGCCCUGCUCCUGGCUUACUUCGGUUCGUCCGGGGAAACGGAGAAGCAGCUGGCCAAGGUGCUCCACCUCGACUGGGCCGAGUCCAAGGAAAUGGUGCGCAGUGCCUACAUGGUGGAGAAGAAGAACCGCGAGAACCGAUCGCUCAAGAUGCCACUGGAAUUCGCAUCUGCGGAUCGCAUAUUCUUUGCCCAGGACCUGCCGCUGACCCACUGCAUCGAAACGCGCCUGGCCAAGGAGAUCGUGAAGAUGGACUUCCAGAAUAAGCCCGAAGAGUCGCGCAAGGAGAUCAACGAUUGGAUCGCCAAUGUGACCCACAACCAGAUCCGCGACAUGCUCAGCGCCGAUGAGAUUACCCCUCUAACCCGUCUGACCCUGGCCAAUGCUGCCUACUUGAAGGGCCAAUGGGUCAGCCAGUUCAAGGUGGAGAAGACCGCUCCGAUGCCCUUCUACACAUCCGCCUCGAACUUCUCUUUGGUGCCGAUGAUGCAGCAGAAGGGCACCUUUCUUUUGAACACGGACGAGCAGUUGCGCGCCCACGUCCUCCAGCUUCCCUACCGCACUGUUUUCGAGUCGGAGGAGAAUCAGGAUAGCGAACCCGACGAGAAGUCUGACAUCUCCAUGGUGAUUAUCCUGCCGCCAUUCAACAGCAACUCUCUGGAGGAUGUGCUCUCCCGCCUGAAUGCCGACACCCUGGAGCAGUCCCUCAACCAGGCCAUGCCACGCGAGAUCGAGGUCUCCCUGCCCAAGUUUGAGUUCGAACAGCGCCUGGAACUGGUGCCAAUCCUUGCCAAAAUGGGAGCAACAAAGAUCUUCGACCCCUCUGUGGCCACCUUUGACGAUUUGACGUCGGACAGGGUCACCAUUGGAGACGCCAAGCAUGUGGCCAAGAUCAAGGUGGACGAGGAGGGCAGCACCGCCUCGGCGGCUACCGUUCUGUUCACCUACCGAUCGGCCCGGCCCGUGGAGCCGGCCAAGUUCGAGGCCAACCAUCCGUUCCUGUUCGUCAUCUAUGACCGCCAGUCCAAGUCGAUCCUCUUCACGGGCAUCUAUCGAGAUCCCAAGACUCUGAAGUAAACUAUUAACAAGGCAGUCCUGCUCUUGCAAUUAACCUAACCAAAUUUUUCUUGACUGUAAGCGACAAUGUAAACUUUUUAACAUUAUUUUACGAAAAUAAAUUAUGUCCUUAAUAAAAUAAAACAUAAAACCACACAAAAA